AUGGCAUCAUCACAAUUUCCCGAGAUUCAGGGCGGCGGUAGCCUCAUAAUUGCCUGGCAGAUCAAGGGCAAGAAGGUACUUGUCGUCGGCGGCGGCGAGGUCGCCGCCGGCCGCAUCUACCAUUGUCUGAACGCUGACGCCAACGUAACCGUCGUCGCUCCCUCCUCCCGCUUAAACCCCGAAGUCGCCUACCGCGUCGCCCAAAAACAAGUCACCCACAUCGAUCGUGUCUUUCAGCCCUCCGACCUUGACGGUGUGGACAUGGUUCUUAUCGCGGUCGACGAUCCCGUCGCCUCAACAACAAUCUACCGCCUCUGCAAGGAUCGCCGCAUCCCCGUCAAUGUGGCAGACGUGCCGCCAGAAUGCGACUUUUACUUCGGCAGCGUGCACCGCGACGGGCCGCUGCAAAUCAUGGUCAGCACGAACGGCAAGGGCCCGCGGCUGGCAAGCUUGAUUCGGAAGUUUAUCGCGAGCUGUUUGCCGUCUAACGCAGGCAGGGCCAUUGAGACAAUUGGAGAAUUACGUGUUCGGUUAAGGCAGAUAGCUCCGUCACCGCAGGAGGGACCGCGCCGUAUGGCUUGGAUGACCAAGGUCAGCGACGCGUACAGCUUCGAGGAGAUUUGCGAAUUGACCGAGGAGGACCUGGAGAAUCUGCUACAGUUUUACCCUGAGAACAAGGUGCCGACAUUUAAUGAUCUGAGGAACAUGCGGAGCCACCCGGACGGCGCGCUGGACGUGUUCGACGGGUCAUUCGGCUUCAGUGUCGGAUCAUAA